AGAAGUAAAGAGUAGCAAUCAGGCCACUAUCUUCUGGCCCAUCAAGCCGAGAAACCAUUUAGUAUACCCUUCCACUUUCUGGCUCUGACCCAAAAGUCUUGAGAAUCUCUCUCUGAGAGAUUGUAAAUCACUCCGAAGUGAACAUCUGUGUUCUUCAAGAAACGUAAGAUGGUAGAUCGAUAUUGGGUUGGUUUCUUUCUGGUGUUUUCAUGUCUUGGUGGAACCUUAGAUGCUAGUGCUGGGGAUUCUGAUCCCAUUUACAGGACUUGUGUUGGACAAUGUGAAAAAUCUGGAUGUGUGGGGCAAAGAUGCUUUUCACACUGCAAUUUUUCUUCUGAUGGUGUCUCCAUUGAUGGUCCGUGGUACAAGCAAGAACCUCUUUACUUGCAAUGGAAACAAUGGGAUUGCCAAAGUGAUUGUCGUUAUUAUUGUAUGCUGGAUAGAGAGAAAGAAAGAGAAGCACUUGGUCAUGGUCCUGUCAAGUACCAUGGUAAAUGGCCCUUCAAGCGUGUAUAUGGAAUUCAGGAGCCUGUUUCUGUUGCUUUCUCUGCCCUUAACCUUGCAAUGCAUUUCCAUGGUUGGCUAUCCUUUUUCAUUCUUCUCUACUACAAGUUGCCUCUGAAACAAGAUAAAAAGGCCUACUAUGAGUAUGCCUCUUUGUGGCAUAUCUAUGGGUUCUUAUCAUUGAACUCCUGGUUCUGGAGUGCUGUUUUCCAUAGCCGAGAUGUGGACUUGACAGAAAAGUUAGACUAUUCUUCUGCAGUGGCAUUUUUAGGGUACUCACUAAUUAUGUCUAUAUUAAGAAGUUUCAAUGUGAGGGAUGAAGCUGCAAGGGUCAUGGUUGCCGCACCACUACUUGCUUUUCUGACUACUCAUAUACUGUUCAUCAACUUCUAUAAACUAGACUACGGGUGGAACAUGCAAGUUUGUGUUGUGAUGGCAGUUGCUCAGCUUCUCCUGUGGGCCAUUUGGGCUGGUGUCACCGGCCAUCCUUCUCGCUGGAAGUUGUGGGUAGUGGUAAUUGGAGGUGGCCUGGCAAUGCUCUUAGAAAUCUAUGAUUUCCCUCCAUAUGAAGGAUAUGUGGAUGCCCAUGCGCUUUGGCAUGCCACCACAAUCCCUCUUACCUACAUUUGGUGGAGUUUCAUCAGGGAUGAUGCCGAGUUCCGCACCUCUAAUCUCCUUAAGAAGACUAAGUAGCAUAUAGUAAAACAAACAGGCAAAACUAUUUGACCUUUUCUUAGACCUGGCAGCAAAGUUUGAUAGUUUAGAGGGUUUGGCAUAUUUUGUCUGUGUUGUAGUCUUCUCUCCUUUUCUGGUGAAAGAUUUAUGUGGCAGGAUGGGAUUCUGUAGUUGAGCAUGAGCUUGUGCAGAUCUUCCUAAUCUUUUUCUUUCUUUCUUUUUUCUUAUUUUCAUGGAGGAUUAUCUCAAAGCAUCGCACUAUUACAGAAGGAUGUUACCCCAUGUAUCCCAUACUUUGGUGUCCUGCAUCCUUGUGUAUCAUUGCUUAGGUUUUGUUUUCCGGA